AUGAAUGUAACAGGCUGGGGAGCGCUCCCUCUCCUUCUCCCUCUCUCUCUCUCUCUCUCUCUCCCUCAGUCCCUGGCUGUGAUUAUUCCUCCUCCCGUCCCUCCUCCUCCGGCCUGGCGGGUUGGCGAGGCGACUUCGGGCCACUUUCCGCGUCUUUCUCCGGGCUCCUGCCUGCGCGCCAUGGCCGGCCGCCCUUGGCUCCCUCUCCUCCCUCUCCUCCUCUUCUUGGCUUUGCCGCCCGGCCGGCCUUUCAACCUGGACGUGGAAAGCCCCGCCGUUUACUCCGGAGCGGAAGGCAGCUACUUCGGCUUCGCCGUGGAUUUCUUCGCCCCGGAUCGCGCCUCGAUGUCUCUCCUGGUGGGUGCUCCAAAAGCAAACACAAGUCAACCUGGAAUUGUACAAGGUGGCCAGGUACUAAAAUGCAACUGGAACUCUAACAGAAGAAACUGCCAGCCAAUUGUAUUUGAUACCACAGGCAAUAGAGACUUUGCCGUAAAUGAUCCGUUGGAAUUCAAAUCAAAUCAGUGGUUUGGUGCAUCGGUGAGAUCUAAAGAUGAUAAAAUUUUGGCGUGUGCUCCACUGUAUCAUUGGAGAACUGAGCAGAAAGCAGAGCGGGAACCUGUGGGAACUUGUUAUCUUCGUGACGGGUCUAAAAUUGUUGAAUAUGCUCCCUGCAGGUCAACAAAUAUUGACGCAGAAGGGCAGGGCUUUUGUCAAGGUGGAUUUAGCAUUGACUUCACUCAGGCUGACAGAGUACUUCUUGGAGGACCUGGCAGCUUUUAUUGGCAAGGUCAGCUUAUUUCAGAUGAGGUGGCUGAGAUUGUGUCAAAAUACAAUGCUAAAGCCCACACUACCAAGUAUGAAAACCAGUUAGCAACACGGUCAGCCAGUGCUGCUUUUGACGACAGCUACUUGGGUUAUUCAGUAGCUGUGGGAGAUUUUGAUGGCGAUAACAUAGAAGAUUUUGUGUCUGGAGUCCCAAGAGCAGCAAGGACUUUGGGCAUGGUGUCCAUUUACAAUGGAAAAACCAUGGCAUCCAUGUACAACUUUACUGGAGAACAGAUGGCUGCAUACUUUGGAUAUUCUGUAGCUGCCACAGAUAUCAAUGGUGAUGAUUAUGCAGAUUUACUCGUAGGAACCCCACUUUUCAUGGACCGAGGCUCUGAUGGCAAACUUCUAGAAGUGGGCCAGGUGUCUAUUUACCUUCAACAAGCCUCUGGAGGCUUUCAGAGUCCAGUCAUGAAGCUGAAUGGCUUUGAAGUCUUUGCGAGGUUCAGCAGUUCAAUUGCACCUUUGGGAGACCUUGACCAAGAUGGCUUCAAUGACAUUGCAGUUGCAGCUCCUUAUGGCGGAGAAGAUAGGAAGGGCCUGGUUUAUAUCUACAAUGGGAGACCUACAGGUUUGAAUGGAGUGCCAUCUCAAGUCCUUGAAGGGCAGUGGGCCUCAGAGACAAUGCCACCAAGCUUUGGAUAUUCACUGAAGGGAGCUACUGACGUGGACAAAAAUGGCUAUCCAGACUUGGUCGUGGGAGCUUUUGGUGUUGACAAAGUUGCCUUAUAUAGGGCCCGGCCAGUCAUCACUGUAAAUGCUGUACUGGAAGUUACACCAGCAAUUCUAAACCCAGAAGACAAAUCCUGUGAAGACAAUGGCCAGAAAUUUUCUUGUUUCAAAGUGAAGUUCUGCUUGAAAGCUGAGGGCAAAGGAAAUCUCCCCAGGGAGCUCACUUUCCACGUGGAGUUGCUGUUGGACAAACUGAAGCAAAAAGGGGCCAUAAGGAGAGCUCUGUUCUUUCACAGUAGGCAGUCUGGUCACUCCAAGAACAUGACGGUCCCAAGAGGAGGUCGGAUGAGUUGUGAAGAACUUCAGGCUUUCUUGAGGGAUGAAUCUGAAUUUAGAGACAAGCUUACACCAAUCACAGUCUUUAUGGAAUAUCAACUAGAUUACAAAACGGCUUCUGAUUCUACAGGCUUACAGCCCAUCCUCAACAUAUUUACUCCUGCAAAUAUUAGCAGACAGGCUCAUAUUCUUUUGGACUGCGGUGGUGACAAUAUAUGCCAGCCCGACUUGCAAGUGACUGUUGACAGUGAUCAGAAGCAGAUCUAUGUUGGAGACGACAACCCUUUAACUCUCAUCAUCAAUGCCCAGAACCUUGGAGAGGGAGCCUAUGAAGCUGAACUCUUUGUCACCGUCCCACCUCAAGCAGACUUCAUUGGCAUCGUUCGCAACAAUGAGGCUUUAGCAAGACUUGCGUGUGCCUUUAAAACUGAGAAUCAGACUCGGCUGGUUGUCUGUGACCUUGGAAAUCCUAUGAAAGCAGGGACAAAACUCUCAGCUGGCCUUCAUUUCAGCGUUCACCAAGAAUCAGAGAUGGACACCUUUGUGAAGUUUGACUUGCAAAUCCGUAGCUCAAACCUGUACAACAAUGAAAGCCCCACGGUUUCAUACCAAGUGGACUUAGCCAUCUUAGCAGCAGUAGAAAUCAGAGGGGUCUCUUCACCUGAUCACAUCUUUCUUCCAAUUCCUAACUGGCAACCCAAGGAGAAUCCAGAAACAGAAGAUGACAUUGGGCCCCUGGUUCAACAUAUCUAUGAGCUCCGAAAUAAUGGCCCAAGUGCCUUCAGCAAAGUGAUGCUCAACCUUCAGUGGCCUUACAAGUAUAACAACAAUACUCUUCUGUAUAUUAUCAAGUAUGAAAUAGAAGGACCCAUGUCCUGCACCUCGGAUAUGGAGAUUAACCCACUAAAAAUAAAGAUGUCAGCUUCAGAAGGAGAUGAAAAGAAUGAGACAAUUAAUGGGGAAAAUACCAGGGAUCACAAUAUCAACCGGAGAGACCUCAGUGCUGCCGAGGGAGAUGUGCAAACUUUGGGCUGUGGAACUGCUGAAUGUUUAAAGAUUGUCUGCCAAGUUGGUCGCCUGGAGAGGGGGAAGACUGCAGUUCUGUAUUUAAAGUCUCGCCUUUGGACUCAGACCUUCAUGAAUAAAGAAAACCAGAAUCAUUCCUAUUCUCUCAAGUCGUCAGCUUCUUUCAACGUCAUUGAGUUCCCCUACAAGAACCUUCCCUUCCCUGAAGAUGUCCACAACUCUACAAUAGUUACCACAAAUAUCUUGUGGGGCAUUCAGCCAGCCCCCAUGACAGUGCAAGUAUGGGUGAUUAUAGUAGCUGUCCUAGCAGGAUUGUUACUUUUAGCACUUCUCGUCUUUGUAAUGCACAAGGUGGGUUUCUUCAAACGUGUGCGGCCGCCUCAAGAAGAACAAGAAAGGGAACAGCUGCAGCCCCAUGAAAAUGGGGAAGGGACCUCAGAAGCUUAAGCAGUGUUUUAGCUGUUUCAUUUGCCAACAGUUUAGAAUUAUCCACAUCUUCCUGUAAAAAUGUGUAUUUUCUUCCUUGAGGGACAGACAGUCCAGCACAGCACUGCAAAAUACCUUUUGACAUUGACAAUAGUCUGAAAUUAACUCCAAAA